UCUGAUGGGGAAAAUGGUGCAUUGUCAACGCCUUGGCUCGCAAAACCGCGCAAGUUCCUCCCUGACUUGUAUCCCACUAUGCAAGCUAUAAAGACCAGACUGAUCAGAUUGUAGGGUACGAACGGACUUCCCGAUUAACACCAUGGUUUUCUGCGUAGUUGGAUGUGUGUCGAGGUUCAUCAUCAAGAAAAUAGGCACAAGGAGAAUACAAGGGAUGCCACAAAGGGCCAUUGAAGAAGCUAAACCAUUUGCAGACGAAAACGCAUUUGAAAGCAAUUCACUGAAUGGAGCACUUCUGAGCUCAGCUUUGAUUGAGUUCACUACAGUUCUUUCAGCAACGAACAAUUUCAACGACAAGCUUGGUGCCGGUGGAUUUGGUCCAGUUUACAAGGGGAGGCUACCAGAUGGCCAGGAAAUCGCUAUCAAGAGGUUGUCGAACAGCUCCAGUCAGGGAUCAGAAGAGUUCAAGAAUGAGGUGACCGUUCUAUCCAAACUCCAGCACCGAAACUUGGUUAGGCUUUUUGGUUGCUGUGUUCAUGGAGAAGAGAAGAUGCUGGUGUAUGAAUACAUGCCUAACAACAGUCUUGACUCCUUUAUUUUUGAUGAAACUAAGAGAUCGGUGUUGGGUUGGAAACUGCGGUGCAAUAUCAUUCAGGGGAUCGGGAAAGGGUUGCUCUACCUUCAUCAGGACUCCACGCUGAGAAUUAUUCACAGGGACCUCAAAGCGAGCAAUGUUCUGCUUGAUGAUGAUUUCAUUCCCAAGAUAUCCGACUUCGGCAUGGCGAGAAUUUUUGGCGAAUACCAACGUCAAGCCCUUACUCACCGAAUUGUUGGAACCUAUGGCUAUAUCGCCCCAGAGUACGCGAUGGAGGGAAAAUUCUCCGAGAAAUCCGACGUCUUCAGUUUCGGCGUGUUGAUCCUGGAGAUCGUGUGUGGGCGUAGGAACAGCUCCCUCAUUGAUCACGAAUGGUCAAUGAACCUUGUGGGCCACGCAUGGACGUUGUGGCAGGAAGGCAGAGCCUCGGAGCUCAUCGAUGCGCUGAUGGGCACCACGUACUCUAAGGACGAGGUCAGCAGGUGCAUCCAGGUGGGUCUCCUGUGCGUGCAGGAGUUACCAGGCGACAGGCCAGCCAUGCCUCUCGUGCUGAGGAUGCUGUGUGGCGACGUCGAGCUUCCCGCUCCGAAGCGUGCCGCGUUCUUUGUCGGAAGAGCUCCUUCGGACGACAAGGAUACCGAAUCAGGGAACCACUUGACAUAUACUGAAUUGGAAGGCAGGUAGCCAGAUUUUGAAGUGAGCCCUUGGCUCCGGUUGCUGAUGUUUGUGUCUGUGGAUUGCUACCAAAGAUGGUGUUUCAAUGUGACUGUUCCAUUGUUGCCCUUCCUGUUGCUUAUAGUGCUUUUCAAAAUUUCGGUAUGAAUCUAUUUGUAAUUUAUGAGCAAUAUGUAUAUUGUGAUACUGAUUGUAUAUAGUUGUGUAAAUGAUCGGAAAAUUUAUUUUGAGUUUCUUGUUCUUGUA